AUGGGUGCUCUCAUAUCGUUACCAAUACUAGCCUAUUUGAACAGUAUUUUGAAACUUCAUCAACAAAUCAAUGGUCAAUGGAUUAGAUAUUUACGAGCACUUAUUGGCCUGCGGUUAGGCCGACGGCAACGAUCCGGUCAUAGGAUUCAUGUGCACAAUCCUCUCAAUCCGAAUCCAUGGGAUGCCGGUAUUCUACCGUUUUCUCAUGAAUGGCAGUAUGACUUACCAGCACAGAAUAAAUGUGAGGAUAUAUUAAUAUAUGGCGUAAAUUCAUCGAAACAAUCGAUUUAUAUAUCAAUCAAAUGGAGACCAAAUGGGAAAAUAAAUCAUAAAAUCAAUGCAACUAUUAAUUUAAGAAUUGAAGACAACAUUAAUGUUUAUACUUUGGAUGAAACACAAGAAGUCGAGUAUAGGAAAGGAGAGUAUAGAGUGUCGGGACUCGGAUUGGAAAUACAGGUGCCGUUCAAAAGGAAACGAAUAAAAUUCAGAGGAUAUCUCCUGAAGAAUAACAAAGAAUUGGUUUACAUUCAGUUCAGAUUCUUGUGGUACGCCUGCAGUCGAGUCUAUGACUUUACCAGUGAUUUUGAUGAUUAUUUUAUGGCAAAAGAGCUGACAUUAUUGUCAUCAAAAUUGCCAAAAUCUGUGAAUCAAUUUGAAGACCGAUUUGAACAGUUCGGCCAAAUUAAGGGUACGUUCAGAGAGGAGAAGCAAUUGGAAAGUAAUAAUCUAUACUUUUGGGGAACUAUUAGUAAAAAGUAUUUGAUGUCUAAAACAAAAGACGAAUCAUUCAAUAGACAUAUCAUAAGAGUCAAUGGAUACACAAAAACAGGCAUUGGUUUUCAAUUAGGAUUAAUUACAAUUAAUAAUCAGAUUACCUAUCGUUUUGGGUUUUUAUUUGAACAAUUUGGAGGUUUUAAAAAAUUAAACGAUAUUUCACUAUUAAAAUCAGAUUUUCAUAAAUUAAUCAGUGAAUCAAAACUGAAAUUUACGGCAACAUUCAAUAAUAAAUUAUACAAUUUUGAAGUAAAACCUAACAAUGGUUUAGCAAAACAGUUAGUAAUCAAUGGAUCCGAUGGUAUGUGCAUUAUAUCAGAAGAAAAUGAUAUUGAAUUUGAAAGUCUUGUAAAAGUAGUCAAAGAAGAUAAUGAAUUGGCAUUUGUUUUGGGUUUAAAUGAAGAAAAGGCUAAAAGAGUUGAUUUAAGUGGUGGUAAAGGAAGCUCUUUGGCAGUACUCACGAGUUUAGCCAAAACAAUAGCCGAAGAUAAUAAUAGUGAUCACAAAUUUGUUGUACCAAAUGGUGUGGUUGUGACCACUAAUGCUUAUCAAAAACUACUCGACGAUAAUGAAGAUCUGUGUCGACAAAUACUAGAGUUAGAAAAAUCGACUCAAUUGACAACUAAGGAGUUUGAGAAUAAAUGCAAUCUUAUGGUCAAAACAAUAACCAGUCAUUGUUUGCCAGAAAUUAUCAAACAAGAAAUCAAAGCCAAAUUGAAGACAAACUUCAAUAGUAUUGAAAACAACUUAUUUGCCGUCAGAUCUUCCGGUGCUUCAGAGGAUUCAGAAGAGAUGUCAGCUGCCGGACAAAUGACAACAUUUUUGGGAAUUAAAGGUUUAGAUAACAUAUACGAAGCGGUGAUGAAAUGUUGGGCCUCACAGUUUGAUUUCGUUGCCGUACAGUAUAAGAGAGGCUACGGACAGCCUAUCGAUAGUCCGAUGGCUGUUGUAAUACAAGAGAUGAUAGCGUGUGAGUCGGCGGGUGUUAUGUUUACUUGUGAUCCGAUUACUGGAGACGAAAGAGUUAUUGAAGUGACAGCUAAUUAUGGUUUGGGAGAAUCAGUGGUUUCGGCGUCAGCAGAUCCGGACACAAUCAAACUGUCCGUAAAUAUUGAGUGCAAUUCGUUAUCAAAACCAAGAAAUAUUAGAUCCAUUGAAAGUAAAGUCAUCGGAGCGAAGAAAUCUUCGAUAAGACUUUCAGAAAGUGGAGGCACUGUCGAGGAAGAGAUCAACGAUAAUACUAAUUGUUGUGUUUCUGAUGAUGUUUUAUACCGUUUGGGAGAUUUAGCACUAAUUAUUCAUAAACAUUACGGUAAUGCCAGAGAUAUAGAGUGGGGUCUAAAAGGGGGCGAAAUAUUUAUGCUUCAGUCGCGACCCGUCACUAAUUUGGACAAUUCGUACACCGAUUACGAGAUAAUGCAUGAGUUGGAUACCGUACAUCCGACCGAGUUUGAGAUCUACUCGCGGGCACAUUGGGGUGAAAAUUAUCCGGGCUAUUCAUCGCCACUUGUUUUUACAUAUUUAUGGGCCAACAAAGGGUCCAGUUUUGAUUUUUCGCUACCGAUCGAUGACUACAAUCCUUACGUCGACUUUAUGGGCGUUUGCUAUAAUCAACUGUUUUUUAAUUUAACAAAUUCGGCUUUCGAUCGGUUCAACGACUAUCCGGACGGCAAAUUAGCAGAGUAUUCGGUGUUAGCCUUUUUCGGUCAUCAUAUCGACGAUAAAGAUCUGCUAAAUCUUUUCAAAUCGAAAGCAGAAGCCAUGACAAGACCGACACUCUGGCAAACCAUCAGAGACUAUGCAAACAUCUUUUUGUUCGGCAAAAAGACAAUGUUUGACAGUAUCGACAAGUAUUACGGUAAAUACGAUUACGUGGAACCGUUACGCCGAUGCCGUAGUGGUGGUGGUGGUGCCAAACAAGUGUUUUCUGCACUCAUGGAUCAGUUUCAUAUGCUGGACGAACAGUUUUUCAAUCACAGUUGGGCCACACCGGGCUCUACCAUCAAGAAUGGCGCCCUAAGAUAUAUACUGGAAACGGCUCAAAAAAAUAAUCCAAACCUGGACUCUGAUUUCAAUUUGAUGAUCUUCUCGUGCGACGAAGUGGUCAGCGCUGAAGUGCCCAAUAUUUUGAGAGAUAUCGCCCAAACUAUUAACAAUAAGCAACAGUUUGUUCAAUUGAGUGACAACGAGGCGCUGAAAAUGCUUAGCGAAGGCACAGACAAGGCUUCUGUUAAGUUUAAAGAAUUUCUCAAAACUCACGGACAUAGAGGUUAUAAGGAAAUGGAUCCCAUGUGUAAAACAUGGGUCGACGAUCCCAUUCCCUGUAUCAAAAAUAUCAAAGGACUUCUUCUGGGAGAUGAAUCCCAAUUGAAACCAAAAGUCAGCAAAUCUAUAGAUCAAGUGAUGAACGAAUUGAAAACUCCGCUGUCAUUGUGGCGCCGAUAUCUCAUUAGCAAAGUUCUGCUUCCGUGGGCUCGCAAGGGUGUCGGCUAUCGGGAAAUAUCGAAAAACUAUAUGGUUUGGCUCAACCAUCAGCUGAGGCGUGGCUUUCAAUAUAUGGCGCAAACAAUGGUCAGCGACGGUCUUAUACCGUCGACUGAGACAUUCUUCUUGUUGACCAUCGACGAGAUCGACACACUUUGCAAUGGCAACAGAGAUCCCAUGAUUUUGACAAAAGCACGACUCAGAAAACGAUUAGUACCGCAGAUGAAUAGAUACAAGUUUGACGAAAUCAUUAAAGGACCAGAAAUGGAGCCCAAAAAUCUUAAGACAUCAGUCGACACAACCAGUUCGCUAGUGGGAAACAAUUUGCUAAAAAUGUCGGGAACUCCUGUUAGUGUGGGAACAGUUAGGGCACGAGUUUGUGUGGCUGAAGACAUGUCAGAUGCCGACAAAAUACAAUCGGGAGAUAUACUAAUAACAUACUCAACGGAUAUCGGUUGGAGUCCAUACUUUCCAUUGUUGUCCGGUAUUGUCACUGAAAUCGGUGGAACCAUAUCUCACGGUGCGGUUAUUGCCCGGGAAUACGGUAUUCCCAGUUUGAUAGCUGUUGACAAUGCGUGUCGUGCCUUCAAAACGGGUGAUAUCUGUGUUUUGGACACACAGUCCGCUACCAUCACUAAAGUGGAGUAAUAUUUUUGUUUU